AGAGCAGACUACAUUUGGCGCAGGUUAUCUUCGUCAUCAAAACAAAAGUAAUAUAACUUAUCUAGUGCAGACUAAAGUGCAGACUAACUGCACAUCAACUGACUUUUUAUUUGCUGUGGAAAUAUACUGCAUAUUGUGUCCAGAACGUGCGGGGCGGUGCAACUAUAUAGCAUUUGAGACGAUAGGAAAUUUCAAUUGCAACAGCCUCACUAAAGCGACUCGUAUCGGCAUGGAUACAAACUCCAAGCUGGAGGACCUAAAUUUAACACCUGAAGAAAUUGAUCGCUUCAGUAAUGCCUUUAAAGAUGAGAAUUUCAGAGAGCUGUUAAAAGAAUAUGCAGAGGAAAUAUCGGACCCGGAGAACAAGAAGAGGUAUGAAGAGGAAAUAACUCAAAUGGAGAAGGAGAGGGGUAUGGAUAUUAAGUUUGUUCAUCCCAACCCCGGACGAGUCCUGAAAACGAGCUUGGAUGGCAAGCAGAAAUGCUUCAUCAACGUCUGCAGCAACGAAUUAAUCGCCAAACCCGAAUGUAAAGUGGGGAUUGGGGCUGAUGGGGGAGUCGGCCAGCACUGGUCAUUGCCCUACAGCGUGACACCGGGAAGGCCAAACAUGGACAAUAAAGGCAACAAGUACAUGAUAUACGACGUUGUUUUCCAUCCCGAUACGCUUUAUAUUGCAGGGAAAAACACUAGGUUUAUGAAGCUGGUGGACAGCACAGCAAUCCAGGGCGUACAAAAUCAGUUUAAUGUCAAAUUAGACGAAACCAACGUAAAAGUUUUAAAGAUGAAGUACAAGGGCGUUCCGAAUCCUAGUGUAAUUCGGAAGCCGAUUCCUGGUCAGCCAGCAAAGCAAACCGAUCCAGACGAUCCGCUCCGUUUUCCUUACCCUUACGACUGGACCCAAGGCGAGACUCAGAAACCGACGAAGCCGACAAAGCCUGCGAUUGACCCAGAUCUACCAAAGAAGCCAACUAUACCGCGACACACUGUUAAGUAUAGGUCGUACAUUGACCUGCAGGACUACAGGUGUUCCCGAGAUUCAGCUCCUGGCCCUCGUCCGAGGGAAAUGUUGAUCAUUAUCGAUUUACCGCUACUUAAAUCUGCCGGGGAUGCGGACUUGACUGUGACUGAGAGACGCCUGCUUUUAGAGUCUCGGCAGCCAGCUUACAGGCUGGAGCUGCCCCUGUCUUACCCUGUGGAUGAAAACAAAGGGGAGGCGAAGUUCAAUAAACUCAAGGGACAGCUUACCGUCACUCUACCAGUAUUACAGCUGAAAAUCCCUUUGAUGAAUGUUACGGACCUGUCAAUACAGCCUGUCAGUGGUGAAGAGAGUCAGAUCACGGGCAGUGUUGAUGGAAAUAAUGAGUCGGCCAGAUAUGAACACGUGGGGGGCGGCCACGCAUUGACCAAAGAACCUAAUGAACAUGAUCGUGGUCCUUUGAAAGACGCAGUGACAUUACCUUCGCCUUUUGAAAACACUGAACUACUGAACCCAUGUAAAAAACGGGUGUCCUCUCAUGAACCUAGAGAAAGCCUCGAAAAGACAACUGAUGACGAGGGGGUAACUAUGGAACAAUGUCUCACGUCUUCGAGCAGCAGUGCAUCAGGUCACCAGACUCAAACUCCACUAUUUACGGAAGAAGUAUCCCAGGGCGCCGAGGAGGAAGAUGAUGAGUUCGCGGACUGUCAGGAUUCCAGUGGCAAGGGCACAGACGCUGACCCACAUGGGCCUCUUUACCAGGACAACUUUGUACAGGUAGAGAGCCUCUCCUUUAGGACAGAGAUGGAGGGGAAGAUGUUCCUUCCCAUACAAAGUAAUGAGCCAGUGCUUGCAGAAGACUCACGUUUGACAUCUACUGAUGGGCGGGGCAUCCAGGAAACCCCGUCCCCAGGUGAAGAGGUCUCACUAGGCAACCCAAGUCAGCCUCUCCCAGGAAGUGAACAAGAUACAGCAAUCUGUGACACAUCGGCCCUUAUUGACGAGGGCAAGGAUGGGGAGGCAAAUUUUCAGCUCAGUAUAGAUGGAGGAGAGGUAGAAAAAGAACAGGAAUGGGUGGAAGACGACUUACCCACUAGGCAGGGCCACCAGAGCUCUGAUGACGAACCUCCAUCAGUCAUUCUUAGGGAAAUCGAUCCAGGAGAUGGAAGAGUGGAAGUCAUAACCGAUCAUACCACCUCUGCCGCCUUCCGUCUCCAGAACACCCUGUUAUAUGAACUGGACUAACGUUGAGUCUAAACAGAUCAAGCAGUGAAUGGCCAGGUAGUCACACCACCUUACGUACCAUCAAUAAACAAUAUUGCGUCUGCAGUGGUCCUCACUUAAAGGAGUCCGACUCACAUUCUCUCACGUUUCUCUGUCAUACCUUCUCCUUCACUGCGACGGCCAUUCACUAAAUCAAACCGGGUUACGGCUGUAAUUUCAAGCGCUGCCUCUCGGGUCAUUCUGGGAUUGCAGUCUAGUUAAGUGCGACUCAGCGGGAACCCGGACCCAGAAGAGCAUCAAUCGCGGACGUGGGCUGGAUAGAAAUACGGCGAGGGGCAGUGAGAGCUUUAUGCAGAAGGUUUUUUUUCUUCUAGGGGUAAAACACUGAAAAUCUGGGGGAAAAAAAACCCUGGUUGAUCAGAAAAAAAGAGGAAAGGGAAGAGAGAAUGGGAUUUUCUAUUUAUCCAGAGAACCUACCCAUCACACACACAUACGAGUCUAUAAGGCAGAAAAAAAAGAAAAAAAGACACAUGCAAUGACUUCCUGAAGCAGAGGUGCACAGAAGGGACUAGGAAGAAAAUGGGCUAUUAUUAUGACAUAGUACCUUACAGCACAGCUAAGAUAUGGAGAGCUUCAAUAUUUCAUCGCUGAUAACGACACAGCAGUGGUGAAAUACUGUGAAAAUGCACCCAAUGGAUUCUACACUCUGCCCACAGACACAGUAUUACGCGGCUCUCCUUAACUGCUGUUCAGAUUGCCAGCCAUGAACAUUUUUGCAGCAUUAUCUGGAAAACGGUGAAGGACAUUAAACGCCGUUCUUAAUUAAGAUGUAGUACUGGUGCUGUAAGGGACUAGCUGGCUUAUCCUUAUACAUCGGAGAUGAUAAAGGAGGACAAGAUCUGAUGUGAAUGUAAAUCGAAGUAGAGAAUUGUAAUAAAUGGAACAAGGUGUCUCAUGGGAGCAGGCCUCAUGUCAGCCGAUCUACGGAGCAUAAAAUCAGCGGCAUUAAUAAUACAUGCAAUGUUGGUAGUCACAACUUCUGAAAUGUAUGGUCAGGGUACCCUAACAAGCACUGCACAGACACUGCUAUUUAUCUGAAAUGUAUGGUCAGGGUACCCCAACAAGCACUGCACAGACACUGCUAUUUAUCUGAAAUGUAUGGUCAGGGUACCCUAACAAGCACUGCACAGACACUGCUAUUUAUCUGAAAUGUAUGGUCAGGGUACCCUAACAAGCACUGCAUAGACACUGCACAGACACUGCUAUUUAUCUGAACUGAAUGGUCAGGGUACCCUAACAAGCACUGCACAGACACUGCACUCUUAGGUUCAGCAAGAGUAAUUUUUCAACUCGACGACUUGCCAUUCAUUAUUUAACCUAAUUUGUAACGGGAUAAUGACAAAUUAUUUCAGUCAUUCACAGUUAAAACUGCAUUCGCUCACAUUCCUCUUAUCUAAAGAUUUGUGUCUUAGGGGCUGUUAUUUCACAAUUACUUCUGGGCCAUGGCAAAAAUCAAGUUAACAGUAUUUUUUUAAUUGAUUUGAGAACAAACCACAAAACAGGGGAAAACAGACCAUUAACUGAGCAUUAUAAUUUUGCCUAUUUGAGUUUUGUCAGGCCAUUUAAUCCAACAUGAAAUAUAAACAUUCUUUUAAAAUUAUAACAUGGAAUUUAUAAACCGGUCUUGUCAUCGUGACUUCAAUACAAAAAUGUAAUAAUAUAUAAUUUUUAGAAGGGGAACAUGAUGAAAAGUGCCACUGUCGAUACGUUCCUCUCCAUAAAAUUCUAUCAGAUACUCUAUCCAUUUAGUUGGAUCAUCAAAAGACAACCCCAUUUAGAAGCCCAACCCCCCCACCAUGUACUUUACUGGGGACAGGCCCAAAAAAAAAAAACAAAAAAAAAAAAACAGGCAGUAUCAACAGUCCAUAAAAGAAAAUAUA